AUGGCUCCUGCGCCUAUUGAGCGGACACCGCUGCUGAAAGCGGCGCUCAAAGACGAGCAGUCGCACGUCCUGGGCCCUCGCCAGCUGCUGAUCGUCUUCCCCGCGCUGGCCCUCGUCCAAUUCAUCUCCCUGCUCGACCAGACAGCUGUCUCUACGGCGCUUCCGGCUAUUGCUGACCGGCUGCACACGGGCUCGAGCAUUUCCUGGGUGGGCGCCAGCUUCCUGAUCUCCAGCACGAGUGUGCAGCUGGUCAACGGCCGGCUGUCCGACAUCUUUGGUCGUAAGGCAUGUCUUAUCGCCGCCCUGGCGGUGAUGGGGCUGGGGAACACGCUGUCUGGCUUUGCACGCACCCCAAUGGAGCUGUAUGCCACGCGGGCGAUCAGCGGGCUGGGCGCUGGGGGCAUCAAUGCUUUGGUACAGGUGACCAUCUCGGACAUCUCAACUUUGGAACAACGAGGGAACUAUUUUGGUAUCAUCGGUAUCUUUGUCGCUCUGGGAAACGGGUUAGGUCCUGUUAUCGGCGGCGUCUUGACCGGGGAGGCUUCGUGGCGAUGGGUGUUCUGGUCCAUCAGCCCAAUGGCUGCGCUGACGAUUAUCAUUCUACUACUGGCUCUUCCCCCAUCGCGAGUGGCCGGGGAUAUCUGGACCAAGCUGAAGAUGGUGGAUUGGCUAGGGGUUCUUGUCAGUCUUGUGGCGGUAGUCUUGAUAUUGAUUCCUGUCUCUCAAGGUGGCUCAAAUAUCCCUUGGAGCUCACCUAUGGUCGUCGCCAUGCUGUCAGCCGGUGUUGCGCUCUGUGUAGCCUUUGUACUGCUGGAAUGGCGUGUUGUCCGGCUGCCCAUCAUACCAAUGCACCUGUUUACCAGUGGGUACUCAGCCAACAUUCUGCUGGCGCAGAACAUUGCCAUCGGCUGGGUGUACUGGGGUAAUCUCUUCUACCUGCCCCUGUACUUUCAGAACGUGCGCGGCUGGGACCCGAUCAAGGCCGGCACUCUUAUUCUGCCUAUGGUCAUCGCGCACGGUAUUUUUUCUGGUCUAAGCGGGUUCUUGGUCUCUUGGACGGGGCGAUACUGGCCCGUCAUUGUCACCGGCGCUGCCGUUUGGACAGUCACCACCGGCUGCAAGGCGCUGUACACCCAGCACACUCCAGUCUGGGUGUUUGUCGUUCUGGGCAUCUUCGACGGCUUUGGCAUCGGUUUCUGCUUCCAGCCGGUGCUUGUCGCCCUUUUGGCCAAUUCCAACAAGGCGGACUGUGCAGUCAUGACAGGGUUGAGGAACUUUCUUCGCGCCAUGGGAGGAGCCGUUGGAAUUACAGUAUCCGGUGCCAUCCUGAGUAACGUGUUACAGUCCGGUCUCCGCGACAGGUUUCCUCCCGAAGUAAUCGCCGGGCUGACCUCCAACGUGCUCGACCUGCCGCGCACCAACCUCUCGGAAGAAGACCAACAGCUCAUUCUAUCCGUGUACAUGCGCGGGCUUCACGCGGUAUUUGUCUCGUACGCGCCUCUGAUUGGCCUGUGUUUCCUGUCGUCCUUGCUUGUGACAAAUUAUCCUGUUGGCAGGAAGGUGAUGUCGGAGCGGCAGAGGCAGAAGCAGCCUGAUCGGGGGGAUGAGCCAGUGAACUGA